AUGUCUUCUAAAAUCGAAAGAGCUUUUUCAGGUCCAGCUUUAAAAAUAUCAAAUUUUUUGGAUAAAUUUCCUAAAAUUCAUAAUGUUUAUUUCAUUGCUUGUAUAUCAACCAUUGCUGGUUUAAUGUUUGGUUUUGAUAUCUCAUCAAUGUCAGCAUUUAUUGGCUCAAAUCCUUAUGGAAAUUAUUUCAAUCAUCCUGGAGCUGAUAUGCAAGGUUUUAUAACUGGUAGUAUGGGUAUUGGUUCAUUUUUUGGUUCAUUAUUAUCUUCUUUUGUUUCAGAACCUUUUGGAAGAAGAUUAUCUUUAAUUAUUUGUUCUUUAUUAUGGAUGAUUGGUGCAGCAAUUCAAUCUUCAGCUCAAAACGUUGCCCAAUUAAUUAUUGGUAGAAUUAUUUCUGGUUUUGGUAUUGGUUUUGGUUCAUCAGUUGCUCCAAUUUAUGGUGCUGAAAUUUCACCAAGAACUAGAAGAGGUACUGUUAAUGGUUUGUUUCAAUUUGCAGUUACCGUUGGUAUAAUGAUAAUGUUCUAUAUUUGUUUUGGCGUUGGUCAAAUCAAUGGAGUUGCUUCAUUCAGAAUUGGUUGGGGUAUCCAAAUUGUACCAGGUUUAAUUUUAUUUUUUGGUUGUUUCUUUAUUCCUGAAUCACCAAGAUGGUUAGCUAAACAAGGUAGAUGGGAACAAGCUGAACAAAUUGUUGCUAACGUUCAAGCUCAUGGUAAUGCUGAGGAUACAAAUGUCUUAAUUGAACUUGCAGAAAUUAAAGAACAAUUAUUAAUCCAUGAAGAAGCUAAAUCAGUUGGAUAUGCUACUUUAUUCAAAAAAAAAUUCAUCGUCAGAACUUUCACUGCUAUCUUUUCACAAAUAUGGCAACAAUUAACUGGUAUGAAUGUUAUGAUGUAUUAUAUUGUUUAUAUUUUCCAAAUGGCAGGUUAUUCAGGAAAUGCUAAUUUAGUUGCUUCAUCAAUUCAAUAUGUUUUAAAUGUUGUAUGUACUGUUCCAGCAUUAUUAUUAUUUGAUAAAAUUGGUAGAAGACCAUUAUUGAUUGGUGGUGCUAUUUCUAUGAUGAUUUGGCAAUUUGGAUUAGCUGGUAUUUUAGGAUCUUACUCAAAACCUUGGGCUGAUUCAGGUAACGAUGCCGUUAAUAUUAGAAUUCCAGAAUCAAAUAAAGCUGCUUCAAACGGAGCUAUUGCUUGUAGUUAUUUGUUUGUUUGUUCAUUUGCUUCAACUUGGGGUGUUGGUAUCUGGGUGUAUUGUUCUGAAAUUUGGGGUGACAACAGAAUUUCUCAAAGAGGUAAUGCCUUAUCAACAUCAGCAAAUUGGAUUUUAAAUUUUGCAAUUGCCAUGUACACUCCUUCUGGUUUCAAAAAUAUCACUUGGAAAACUUAUAUUAUUUAUGGAGUAAUGUGUUUAGCAAUGGCUAUUCAUGUUUAUUUUGGAUUCCCAGAAACUCGUGGUAAACGUUUAGAAGAAAUUGGACAAAUGUGGGAAGAAAAAGUUCCAGCUUGGAGAUCAGCUUCAUGGCAACCAACAAUUCCAAUUGCAUCUGAUUCAGAUUUAGCAAGGAAAUUAAGUCUUGAACAUAAGGAAGAUGCUGAAUUUUCAGAUGAAAAAAUUCAAGAUGUUGAAACUAAUUCUGUUUGA